AAUAUUUAAUUAUAUAUUGUUUUGUAUCUUAGUUUUUAUAAUAAACAUAUUAUUUAAAGAUAACAACACAAUAUUAUCUUGGUUGUAAGAAAUAUAAAAUAUUUUUUCAAGAUAAUAACAAAAUAUAUGAGAAUUAUCUUUUUAGAAAUUUAAUAUUAUUAAUAUAAAAUUCGUUUUAAAUUAAAUUAUUAUAUAUAAAAAUUUAUUAAGGGUAACAACGACAUUAACCAGUCUAACUUUUAAUGUGAGAGCUCGAUUCCAAAAAUUUAUUUCGCAAAUAAUAGUAUAGACUAGGUGUCGUGCCCGCAUAUGCGGGCUUAAUCGUUUUACAAAUAUUUAUUAGUUAUUUUUCAAAAAAGAAAAAUAUUUAUUAGUUUAUUUCUUAUUAAUUCAAAAACCAGAAUGAUAACUUAUUAUUUAUGUUUUCAAAAAAUAAAUCAAACAUAUAUAUAUGACAAAAUCUAAUUAAAUAUAUAUGUUUAAUUAAAAUUUAUUAAAGAUUACAUUGACUUUAACCACUGAUUUUAUUAUAAUUGUUUUAUAUUUUAUUUUUAAAUUUUAUAAUUGACAAAUAUGUUUUAAGAUAACUGCACAAUAUAUAAUAAUUAUCUUACUUUUCAUAUGCGGACUUAAUCGUUUUACAAAUAUUUAUUAGUUUAUUUUUUAUUAAUUAAAAAACCAGAAUAACUUAUUAUUUAUGUUUUCAAAAAGAAAAAUCAAACAUAUAUAUAUAUAUGACAAAAUAUAAUUAAAUAUAUAUGUUUAACUAAAAUUUAUUAAGGAUAACAUUGACUUUAACCACUGAAUUUAUUAUAAUUGUUUUAUAUUUUAUUUUUAAAUUUUAUAAUUGACAAAUAUGUUUUAAGAUAAAUGCACAAUAUAUAAGAAUUAUCUUACUUUUCAUAUGUGGGCUUAAUCGUUUUACAAAUAUUUAUUAGUUUAUUUUUUAUUAAUUCAAAAACCAGAAUAAUAACUUAUUAUUUAUAUUUUUAAAAAGAAAAAUCAAACAUAUAUAUAUAUAUAUGACAAAAUAUAAUUAAAUAUAUAUGUUUAACUAAAAUUUAUUAAGGAUAAUAUUGACUUUAACCACUGAAUUUAUUAUAAUUGUUUUAUAUUUUAUUUUUAAAUUUUAUAAUUGAAAAGUAUGUUUUAAGAUAACAACACAAUAUAUAAGAAUUAUCUUAUUUUUUAAAAAAGUUAAUAUUAUUAAUAAAAAUUCGUUUUUGAUUAUAUAAUUAAUUAUAUAUAAAAUUUAUUAAGGGUAUUAUAGAUAUUAACCGGCCUAACUUUCAAUGUGAGAGCUCCGUUGCAAAAAAUUACUUCGCAAAUAAUAGUAUAGAUAGAUAGAUAGAUAGAUAGAUAGAUAGAUAGAUAGAUAUGCUAAAGAGGAAAACGAUUCAUAAUUUUCCUUUUUUUUAGUACUCUUAUUUGGAAUGUUUAAUCACGUCUCUAUAAAUACAUAUGUACUAUAAACCUCAUCAAUUGAAGCAACAUAAUACGUAUGUACUAGAGAAAGAAUCACAUCAAACCACUUAAAGCAAGAACAAUCCUUACAUCUUUCUCUAUACUUGGAUCAUGGAUAGUUUACCUUUUCAUCUCCUCGAGGAGAUUCUCUUCAAGUUGGAUCCCGAAUCUCUGGCAAUGAUGCAAUGCGCGGAUAAAUCUAUCAACUCUCACGUAUCCAACGAUCCGUAUUUCAAUUCCAGUGUCAAGGGUUCGAUUCCAAAGCGGUACUGCGAUAGUAGUCCAGAGUUUACACCGGCUUUGUCUUCUGCUAUGGACGUAGAUGAGAAGGUGGAGGUAAAGAAGGUGGCUCAUGAUGAUAAGUGUAUCUUCAAUCUAAGCAUGAUCAUGAGAGUGGUUGGUAAAAUCUCAUCAUACGCUCAGAAGCUGGUGAAGAAAAAGGAAACCCUACUUGGUAAAAGAUUGUUGAUUGAAGAUGAAACGACACUGAAGAUGGAUGUGUCUUCUUCUUCUUACAAGCUCAUGAACGUGGAGAGAAUCAAUAAAAGAAGAAGAUUCACCGACAAAUACAUAUCAUGCGAGGAACAUAUGAGUAUGUGACUAAUUAUGGUUAAUUAAAUAUAAGUUUAAUAGAUAAGUUUUGAGUCUUCUCGCUAUGUUCAUGAUUUUAUUGCGUUGAGCACCUUCUUUAAGGAAUACUAGGUGGGUGUCCACGGUUUCGCAGGUUAGAAUGUUUUGUAACAAUAUAUUUAUUAUAAUUUUUCAAAUUAAAAUAUUUUUUUUUAUCAUUAUGUGUUUUAGUUAAAUAUUUAUUCUAAGAAUAAUUGUUAAAAAAAGAUAAGUAUGACUAUUUUAAAUAUUUUUUGAUAUUUUGUAUUGAUAAUUAUACUAAAAUUAGUUAUGUAUAAUAUUCAUGAUUCAGUUUUAAUAAAAUUACUUAAGUUUAAGGUAUAUAAUACUGAAACUUUUGAAAUAUUUUAUAUAGUUUAGAAAUACAUGAUUGCUAAAAAUAAUUUUAUGAAGCAUUAUAUAUGUUAUUAUAUAAAUAACAUAUUUAAUUACCAUAAAGUAUUUUGUGCAAUAUAUUUAGAUCAUUUAGAUAAUGAAAAUCUUUCAAUCUUUUAGAAGAACGAACCAACAAACAAAAGUUGGUAGACGAAGUUGUAUGAGUCCAUGAGGAAGUCAAGCGGUAGCCCUAGGUCGCAAAAAGUAUUUAUAUGAAAAUUUAAGAACAUCAAAAUCUUAGUGAUUUAAUAUAGCAAACUUUGACGAUUGUUCAGAAAAAUAAGAAUUUGAUGAAAAUGUUAUUUUUUAUUUAGUCAAUAUGUAAUUUAAUUAAAUAUGUAAUUAAUUUAGCACCAAUAACAAUGCGAAUACCAGAAAACUUAAAAAAGAUGCAACUUAUUAUAUUCUCGAAUAGUGUUGAAAUGCCAGUCCGUUACAAUAGUGAACUAUUAUUGCAUUUUUACCAAAACAUAUAAUUUUUGGUAAUCCAAAGAUAUAAAUCUUAUGUUGACCAUAAAUCAGAUUUUAUUCUUGUUAACAAUAAAUAUCAUUUGACGAUCGUUAAUUGUAACGGUAGUCAAAAUGACAGCGGAUAAAAUAUAAAAUCUUAAAAUAUCAUUUUUAAAUUUUCAAUUCUGAUUUCAUUCCCCUAUAUUUGCUAUUGGAAAGAAAAACAGAAGAAACUAAAGAAGAAUUAUGAAUUUUAAAGUGAAAUUCAGACUUCGUCUUAUUUCUUUUCAUAUGAAGAUGUUUUAACUGCCGUUUGUUUAUAAUAAACGGAGGUUAAAUCAAUUAUUACUGACUCGAUAGUCAACAUAAUGAGUUAAUAUGAUUUUGGUAUUAUUAAGAAAUCUACUGAUUUAGGAGUAUUUAAAAGAUUUUAUUUCUAAAAUAUAUUUUUUAUAAGAUUAUAUAUACAUACACUUAAUACAUAGCUGAAGCAAAAACAAGAAAAAAUCAUCUAGAAAACUAAGCAUAAAAUCUAUUUCUAUGGCCAUGGAUAGCUUACCUCUGAAUCUCCAAGAGGACAUUCUCUUAAGGUUAGAUCCCAAAUCUCUUGUGAUGAUGCGAUGCACGAAUAAAUCUAUGGAACAUAUAACCAAAGGUCCGAGUUUCAAAUCUCUAUACUGGUCUCGGACCGGAUCAAGUUUGCUUCACACCGGGGUAUAUGGCUCCAAAUUCUCAUGUUUCCACCCUGUUGGAGAUGUUUGGCCAUUCUGUAGCGAAGGUCCCUCAGAAUGCUUCAUCCUCGGUUACUGCUCCGGCAUUAUCUUAAUAUUUGUUCAUGAAUGUUUUUGCGUCGCCAAUCCCCUCACAAAGAAGUUCCGUUUCCUUGAUUACCACUUCUUGGAAACAAAGAAGAGCAUCGGAUUUGCAGUUGAUCAAAUCAAUGAAACCACUCAGAGGUUCAAAAUCGUCUGCAUAACGGAUGUCGCUGCUUCGAAUCCAGGUGAAACCAUGUAUGGAUUUCAUAUUUACGCAGGGAACUCAUGGAAAAUAUCAAAAACCAAGAUUACUUGUCCCUCAAGCGAUCUCAGGAGGGAUAUGAAACCGGUUUACCUCCAAGGGUGUCUCUACUGGUUGAGAAGCGAUGGAAGUAUUAUAACUUUCAAUCCCGAAACAGAGAAAGCACUUCUGGUUCCGACCAAAUUCGAUCAGCAAGUGGGAGCGAAACUCUUGCUCGGUGCUGGCGAUAACUAUCUGACAUUGAUCUUAGCAACGGAGGAAAUGGUUUACCUUUAUGCCCUCGAGAAUAUCUUCACUGAUCCUAAAUGGAUCCUCACGAGACGGAUCAAGAACGAGCCGGUGCACCAAAGAAUGCUCUCGUGCUGGUGUGUGGUGGGGUUUGAUGGUAGGCAUGUAUUGGUGAGGACGAAGGAUAAAAUAGAACAUGUAAUCUAUGGCUAUGACUUGAGAGCGAACACAUGGGAAGUCGUGGGUGUGGUUCCAGAGUGGUCCGAUGCAGGUCUUGAUAUUUAUCAGUUCAAGCCGUCGUGGUCUUCUGUAAUCGGAUUACAGGAUCAUAAUAAUGGGUCCAUGCUUAGUUUCUUCACUAAGUUUAGAUACCAACGUCGGGUCUCUGUAGAGGGCAUUAUGGAUCUGAUUCAUGGCCGUUUCAGAAUUUAAAUCCGUUGAUUAGACAAGUGAAGAGGGAGGGCGCUGUUUCUUUUCCGUUUUAUGUUUCAAUUUCUGCAAUUUGCUUCCAGUACUUUUGAAUUCUGCUAAACCAUGUAACCUCAUAACUAGUUGCAUUGAAUAAAGUUUGCAUUUGUUUUA